AUGCAGGUGGUUUACGACGGGGAGGGCUUUGUCGGCCUAGGGUUUUCGAGCAACGGUGCCAUGGUCCCCGCUGACGCCGUCGUAGGACUGCCGGAUGAAGGCACCGCCUUGGAGUACGACCUCUCCACCUAUGCGCUCUCCUCCGACAACGAGCACGAGACCCAGGAGAUCUCGGGCGCGAGCGUGACCCAGGCGAAUUCCACCACCACCCUGGUCUUCACGCGGCCGCUGUCCCCCGCCGACGACUCCAAGACCGUCCUGUCUGCCGAGGAAGGGGAAGAGGCCACCUUCAUCUGGGCCUACGGGAGCUCGAACACCUUCGAGUACCACGAGGCGAGGGGAGACUUUACGGUGAGCGACCUGCUGUGCUCUGAGGCAGUGGGGGAGGAGGAGGAGGACGAUGCAGCCGCUGCUGAGACGGCCGCGGAGAACUGCGCGAGCUCCGACCCGGACUUCGAGUACGAGGUCGCCCCGCACGAGGACCUGGCGCUGUUCUGGAGCGUGGUGGGGACGUCUGUGUCGGUGAAGGCGGUGUACCAGGGGGAGGGGUACCUAUCGAUCGGUUUCUCGGAUUCCGGUAAAAUGCCGGGGUCAGACGCUGUGAUUGGUCUGCCGGAUGAGGCCACUGCUUUGGAAUACGACAUGGACAGCUACAGCACGCCCGAGGAGGCAGCAGACCAGGAAAUUUCUGACGCUACCAUCACGCAAGUCGAUGGCGUGACCACCCUGACUUUCGUCCGACCCCUGGAGCCGUCGGGUGACGGGAAGCAGAUCCUGAGCGUGUCGGAGCCCACCGCGUGGCUGUACGCCUGGGGCGGGUCGAACACCUUCCAGCAGCACUCCACACGCGGCGCCAUUUCUCUCACCCUCGACUCCUGUACGGUGGGGGACGCGGGGGGCGGAGGUACUAGCACGGAGUACGCGCACGGCUGGCUCAUGGCCCUCGGCUGGACGCUCUGCUUCCCGGCGGGCAUCAUGUACGCCCGCUUCUCAAGCAGCUUCAAGGACAUCGGCUUCCCCGCCCACCGGCUGCUCCAGAGCCUGGGUAGCGUCCUAGUGAUCAUCGGGUUCUUCUGCGCGGUAGCCUUUACGGAAGACUUCGGCCUAGACCACUUCUCCAACGCACACGGCAAGGCCGGGUUAGUCCUGACGAUCUUCGUGAUGCUGCAAGUCGUGGCGGCUGUCUUCCGGCCGAGCAAACCCCCGGCGGGGGCUGUAGUUCAAGACGCCAAUGGCCAGGCGAAACCGGCUCCGGUGAGCAAGGUGCGGAAGGCAUGGACUCUACUGCACAGGGGCUUGGGGUACAUCACCGUCAUCUGGGCAGUCUUCCAGUGUUUCGGAGGUCUCGACCUCCUGGAAGUGGACGACACCUGGUGGGCCCUCUACUUUUUCCUGGUCAUCGCCGCCAUCACCGCCUUCGUCGUCCUGCAGACGCUGGCCUGCUGGCGCUCCAAGCGCGACGUACCGAUGGACUACUCGCGACCUCGGUCCCAAGCGGGAUCCGUACCGGCCUUCACAGGCACUCGGCAGCCAGUACCGCCGUCCGCCACAGCUACCCGCUUGGAGUAUUGA